UCCUCUCUGUGCUACUACGCCUGCAUGAUUAUCCUUUAAUUGAAGCUAAAUCCAAAUCGCAGCUAAUUAACCCGUCCACGGUGCGGUGCUAAUUAGGUAUGAUUGAUCUGCGUCGGCCCAAUCGUCCGGUCUGGUCUGCUCUGCUCCCUAUACCCAACCAACCAAUGCAUCGUCGUUGGUACUCCAUUCUCGACCCAAACGGCCAAAACAACUGGCACAUGCAAGUCACUUCUCCGCUGCAUGAGGCACGUCUCACCGGAACAAAUCCUCAACGGCGAGCCCUGGACGGCGGAAUUCAUGAGAUUGGUCACUUACCCACCACUUGCUCACUAGCCACUAGCUACCUGUAGCUUCAUACCCAGCCAGCCGCAGCCAGACCCAGCCUAGAGAGCUAGACUAGGACAACGACAUCUCCGACGAUGCCAAA